GGAGGCUUUAUUACCAAUUCCUUAUUCAAAUUGUUCCCUCUUUAAUUUCCCUGAAAAUGGAGAUUUCAGUAACAUCUAUUUCCUUUUCUAUUGCUUUUACUGUUAUUUUAACAUGUCUAUGGAAGGUGCUAAACUGGGUUUGGUUGAAGCCGAAGAAGUUAGAGAAGUUGCUUCGACAGCAGGGUUUCUCAGGCAACUCAUACAAACUUCUCCAUGGAGACACAAAGGAAAUGUUCAUGAUCACAAAACAAGCUAAAACAACACCCAUCAACCCCCUCUCCCAUGAUAUUGCCCCUCGAGUCGUUCCAUUUCAUCAUCUUAUCAUCAAAAACUACGGAAAGAAAUCCAUAAUAUGGGAUGGCACAAAACCAACCAUAAACAUCACAGACCCCAAAUUGAUCAGGGAUAUAAUGUCGAAGCCUGAAAUUUUUCGAAAACCCAAGAGCAAUCCACUGACCAAGUUGAUAGUGCAUGGGAUGUUCAGGUAUGAGGGUGCUCAAUGGUUCAGAGUCAGAAAGAUUGCUAAUCCAGCUUUCCAUCUUGAAAAGUUGAAGGAUAUGUUACCUAAAUUCUAUUUGAGCUGUAACGAGAUGAUAGAAAAAUGGAAGGCUUCAAUCUCAAACAAAGAAUAUGGUGAGUUAGAUGUUUGGCCUGAUAUUACAACUUUAACAUCAGAUGUGAUUUCUCGGGCAGCAUUUGACAGUAGCUACAAGGAUGGAAGAAAAAUAUUUCAACUCCUUAAUGAACAAAAUAAUCUUAUGGUUCAAGUUAUGCCCUUUUUUCACAUACCAGGAUGGAGGUUUUUGCCCUUUGAAGCAAAUAGAAAAUUGAAAAGUAAUCAUAACGAAAUUCGAGAACUAAUAAAAGGUAUCAUCAGGAAAAGAGAGGAUGCUCUAAAGAUUGGAAAAGCAAAUAACGAUGAUUUAUUGGGUUUAUUAGUGGAAUCAAACCACAGAGAAAUUGAAGAGCAUGGGAAUAAACAAAGUGGGAUGAGCCUUGAAGAGGUGAUUGAGGAAUGCAAACUCUUUUAUUUUGCUGGUCAGGAGACUACUCAAUCAUUGAUUGUAUGGGCAAUGGUUUCGUUAUGUAUGCAUCCAAAUUGGCAAGAACGUGCAAGAGAAGAAGUCUUCAAUGUUUUUGGUAACAAUGUGCCACAAUUUGAUGAGUUGAACCAUUUGAAAGAGGUAAAUAAAAUACUUCAUGAGGCCUUAAGGUUAUAUCCACCAGCAAAUUUCUUAUCUAGAACAACUAUUAAAGAGUCCAAAAUUGGAGAACUCACAAUACCACCCGGAGUUCAACUUUCAGUGCCGAUUAUUCUAGUUCAUCAUGAUGAAGAUUAUUGGGGAUCUGAUGCAAAAGAGUUCAAUCCUGAUAGAUUUUCUCAUGGAGUUUCCCAUGCAUCAAAGAACGAUCAAGUCUCAUUCUUCCCAUUUGGCUGGGGUCCAAGAAUAUGCAUAGGACAAAACUUCGCACUACUAGAAGCAAAACUAGCCUUGGCAAUGAUUCUGCAAAAUUUCUCUCUUCAGCUUUCUCCAACUUAUGUUCAUGCUCCUAUUCGUAAUUUAACUCUAAAACCUCAACAUGGUGCCCAAAUCAUCUUAAGCAAAAUUUAGUUUUGUUCUAUACUUUCUUUUGAUUUAAUUACCUCUUUGUUAGUGUCAAAAAUAAAAUACUCUUAGGGUACGUUUGAUUCGAUUCAAAUUAUCAGUUUGUAUUGUAAAUUUCGUAUGUAUGAAUAAUUAUUGUAUUUGAUUUAAAGUAACAAAAGAAUAUUAAGAUAUUAUUUUAUUUAAA